AUGAGUAAUGAUACUUUCCCAAAUCACGCGGAUCUACCAUUAAUUAAAUUCGAUACAAAUAAGGACCCUCCCCCCUCGCAAAAUAAUAAAAUUUACAUUUUAACGGCCGAUUUCUCGGGUUUAUAUUUUGAAGGGCAAUCGUCUUCAAAAUACAUCAUAAGAAUCCUUACCGAGGGUAUUGUCAUCAAUAAUAAAAAAUAUAAUUACCUUGGGCAAUCGAAUUCGUUGAUAAAAGAUCGCAAAUGCGUUUUAUUGGAAGCGGAUGAACGUGAAAUAAAGCGAUUUCUUGAUAAAUUCGGUGACUGGACCAAAUUUAAUAAUACCGCAAAAUUGGCAAAAAGGAUAGGCUUAUUGUUUUCAACUGGGAAUAAAGUAAUCGAUUUACCCUUCGACAUUAACGAUAAUAACGUUCUCUUAGAUGAUGUCAUGAAAGAUGAUCAUUGCUUUACGGAUGGGUGUGGAUUAGUUUCUAAAGAUAUAAUUCGAGAAGUUUCAAACAAGUUAAAGAUAAGAUAUCGUAACAAGCGUUACGAACCAUCCGUAAUUCAAAUCCGUUAUCGAGGGUUCAAAGGAAUUUUGUUGUUAGGAACCGAUUUAAAAGGAUGGGAAUGUCGUUUUCGAAAAUCAAUGAAAAAAUUCGAAUACCGAGCAGAUAAUUCCUUUUAUGUCGUUGAACAUUCAAAGCCCUACGCGUUCGGGCGUUUGAACACGCAGAUUGUAAUUCUUCUAUCAUCAAUUGGUGUACCUGAUGAUGCAUUUCUGCAUAAACAGGAACAGCACUUUGAACGUUUGAAUACAAUGUUCACGGAUUUAUCCGUAGCCUUCGAAUUUCUCUUGACAAACGGUGAAGUGGCUCUAGCCGACGAGCUAUUUGAGAAUGGAUUCACGAAGAAAAUUAUCGAAUAUUUAAAUCAAUCCUACAAUAAAGAGUUGGGAUCUUCAUUAAAAACAAAAAAAGUCCGCAGCGGUACAGUUGAAUCAGAAAAGUUGCGCAUCAUAGUGAGGGAUUCGCGAUUGGCGUUCGGGGCAUCGGACCCUACCGGGAAGUUAAAAGAAUACCAAUGCUUUUUUAGACCUAUCAUUAAUAACAAACCGAUCACAAUAAUCGGUCCCAUUUUUUAUGUUCGAAAUCCCUGUUACCACCCGGGGGAUAUCGUUGUGCUUAAGGGGGUCCAUCUUCCUGAAUGUGAAGAUAUUGUCGAUGUAUUAUUGUUUUCCGUGAACGGAGAUGUUCCCGCAGCACAUAAAUCCGCCGGUGGCGAUUUGGAUGGUGACAAGUUUUUUGUCUGCUGGGACAAAGAACUAAUGCCACGGGAGUCGGUGGAACCGUACGGAUAUCCUGGGGGAAAGGAUGCCGUCAACCAUAACAUCCAACGUUCGGAUCUAAUUAAGCACUUCGCCAUGCACAGCAAUGCUGGAGUUUCUCGGUGUGCCUCUCUAUUUUUGAAAUGGGCCGAGACAAAAGGUCCAAGAUGUCUUGAAUGUCUACAGAUCAACAAGUUGUUUUCAAAUGCCGUGGAUGGCCAACCUGUAAAAAUCCCUAGUUAUUUGAAUCUUCUUCCUGAAGUUGACGAUCAAAUUGUUCAAAAUCGAAUUUGGAACAAACUUGUUAAUAUCGCGGAAAAAAAAAGGGAAGAAAGCAAAUCAUUAAAUAAGAACAAAGACCUUUCUCUUAAGUUGAAAAUGGGACGAGAAGAGUUGUGUACGUUUCUGGAAGAGGAUUGUUCCGAAGCAACAGAUUACGAAUUGUUAUGCUUCCUUAUUCGAUGGUGUCAUGUCAACGACACAGACAUCAAAGAGUUUCUAUAUUAUUUAGACUUUACCACAUUUACCAUGGAUGAAAAGAGAGCUGCAAUUGCGACGGGAAGAGUUCCCACAGCUCAAAUUCUUAAUGCAAUACAUGAUUCAGAUAUCCUGGAUUGCAAAAAAAUGAUUAAUUAUUUUAGCCUCGGUGAAGAAAAAAAUCACUGGAAAUUAUUUCAUAAAGAUAGCGAAAUACAGUACUCUACUGGUAUAACACCUGAUAUUUCGAGAGCCAUCGCAAAUUUUCGUAAAGUAUUCAUUGCCCUCAAAUUUGAUCACGAAUUAAGCGUUUGUAUAUCAUUAUAUGGUGAAUUCGAAAUCGAAACCGAAAACGAUGCAGAUGGUAAAAUAGAUAUUUAUGGAUUCAAUAGAAGUGGGACCAUCAUAAAUAAAAAGUCAUGUACGGGCGGUUACAAGCUUUGGUUCAAUGAUAAUUACAUUCAAAUUUAUCAUUCAGACAAGCGUAACUCUUUUGUUUGGCUUGGCAGCCCCAAACAUCUACAAGCGGAUGUAAUUUCGCUAAAUGACUUGGACGUAAAGUCUUCCGUAAGUGUCGCUAUAGAUAAAUUGAGUCACACUACUGCGAAAAAGACCAGCAGGAUACGAAAAAAGAAGUUGUGUAUGUCUGAAAUUUAUGUCGUAAGCAAUCGAGAUGGAAUUCACACAAGAUUACAAGUGGUAAAUCCCGAAUACAGGGUAAAUAUGGAAAAACCGGACGUUGAUGAAGAUUAUAAUCCGGCAGACGCAAAUAAUGUCAAAGAUGAGAACGAUAAAAAAUUAUUAUCCCUUCCUCUUACCGCCAAAAAAUUAAGUGAGCUUAUAGAGAGGAUGGAGUGUUGGAUUAAAUAUGGUCUCUUCGGUAGGGUAAUUAAAGCAUAUGAGAUCUAUUUAGAUGAUAAUAAAUCCGAAUCUGACCUACAAAAACUAGUCGAAUUUUCAACGAAAAUUCCAAUUGUCUAUGGUUCACUGAUUAAAAUGAUACAAAAACAUACUUUAGAAGUUUCGAGUGUUACAUUAGUUAGCUUGAUCGGAACUUGCUUGAAAGCAAGUAAAUGUAAAAUAGAUACGGUGGUGCUGGAAAGUGUAAAGAAUGUGCUUAAUUGUUGCGUUUCGAUUAGCAUGUUUCAAUUAUUCGAGAUAAUCAACCAUCUCGUUAUUCAUUAUCCGUGUCCUAAAGUGUUGCUGGAGGAAUAUCAAGAAGGCGAAAGGGAAGGAAAAAACUAUUUGGAAGAUUUAUUUGAUAUCAUUAAACAAAAACUGGAACCGCCAGUUAAUAUUCCUGAGGCAGCUAUUACACAUUUUAUGCACCUGGUCAAGAUAUUAUGUAUUCAAACCUUGGAGGAAAGUUACUCAGAAAAUCAAAAAACUCCUCGAAACCGUUAUCGAGCGCGUCAAAAUCAAGCAAAAGCCAAAAACAGAGUUAAUCUCAUGUCGACGGGAUCAGCUCAGAUAAGGCUCCGACCUGGUGAUCUAAUUAUACUAAAACGACUUAAUAAAAAGUCAAUCGAGCCAAUUUCCGUCAUACGAGCGGUGGUAAUAACCAUGGAACCGGAAGCAUCUAUAGAAGUUUCAUGGGUUCCUCGCGAUAUGUUAAUGGCAACGUGGAAAGUAAAGAAAGUUGGUAAUAUAAUUGGAUUCAGACAAUCCAUGGAAGCAUUCCAAAAAUUGUACCCAGCACAAGAUGAAAUUUCUCCUCUACUGGAAAGAAUCAUCGAACCGCAAAAUUUCGACAGAACUAUUGCGGCUAAUGCAACGGACACGACGGAUGAAGGUUCGUCAACGACAUCCUCUAACCAAGCACUUAAUCGCAGUCAACGGGAAGCAAUUGAGAGAGGAAAAAACGGAAUCCUUACACUUUGGCAGGGUCCUGCGGGAACCGGAAAGACUAAAAGUAUUUAUCAACUAAUACUAAACCUUCUUGAUCUUGACCCAAAGUUACCCAUACUUGUGACAGCAGCAACAAAUGCUGCAGUGGAUAAUAUAGCGCUGCUUUUGGUUAAGCUCGAAGGUAUCAAAACCAUUCGUGUCGGGGAAACGAGAACACCGGAAUUAUUUCCGAUUACUCUUGAGGCUGGAUUAGAUGGUUCGUUCCGACGAAUAAAUUCUAAAAAGGGACAAGAACUUCUAAAGAGUGCAAAAAUCAUUUGUGCCACUUGCGUCGGGAGCGGUACUAGUCUUUUGGAGAAAAUCGAAUUCGAAUUUGUUAUCGUUGAUGAAGCCUCGCAGGUUUCUGAACCCAAUUGCCUCAUUCCGUUGGCAAAAACAUGUAAACGUUUCCUAUUGGUGGGUGAUCAUAAACAAUUGCCGCCAUUUUGUCAUCCCAUCGCCCACAAAGCAGGUUAUUCCGUUUCGCUAUUUGAACGAAUGCAUACCAGUUUGUAUCCAUUCAACUUGCUGGAUACACAAUAUCGAAUGCAUCCGGGUAUUUCCAAAUUCCCGAAUGACGAAUUUUACCAAGGAAGGUUGAACGAUGGAAUAGGUGCCGUAGAUAGACCUUUGGUGGGAGGAUUUAAUUGGCCGAAUCCAAAAGUUCCUGUUACAUUUGUUCAAGUUUCUGGAAUCGACGAGCCAGGCAAAGGUGGAUCCAGAUAUAAUGAAAAGGAGGUUGAAAAUAUCAUUAACACAGUGAAGAAGAUUGUAGAAACUGGAGGCGUGGAAGCAAAAGAGGUUGGCAUCAUUAGUUUGUAUAACGCCCAGUUGGAGAAGAUAACAGGAAAAUUAGGCAUUAAUGAUAUUGAAGUCAAAACCGCAGAUGGGUUUCAAGGAAGAGAGAAAGAGCUAAUUCUCAUAACUUGCGUCCGUUGCAACGAUAAAGGAAAUAUCGGAUUUUUAGAGGAUCCUCGUCGUUUUAAUGUCAUGCUUACACGGGCAAAGAGAGGGCUUAUCAUCUUUGGGGAUCGAAAAACCCUUUGCACAAAUGAAAUGUGGAAACGAUGGUUUUCAUGGGUCGAUUCAAAUGGGCUGAUUUAUAGAUUAACGGAUACCCCUUUUUCCAAUCCGAAAGAAUUUUUCACUUCUCCUAUCAAAGAUGAACCGACAAAACGGGUUACUUCUCCUUUCAAAGGUGAACCGGAAGAACAGUUGUUUGUUCCCAAUCAUCCUUUGACAGAAGAUAAGGAUUUGAUUACACAUAUAAAACCCGAACCCUACGAUCUUUCUGUUGAUCAAUUUAAAGAAAUGCCUAUACCAAAUUCAGGAUCUCCUUUUUUCUGGCAAUUACAAUACAAAUUACUUGAUGACAAUAUUACACAACAUAAUCAGAAAUCCUGA